CAAAAAAAAAAAAAAUAAUGCUGUUCUAAACAUUUAUGUACCAGUUUUUAUAAAGACAUUUGUUUUAAUUUCUCUCGGGCAUGUAUAUUGUAGUGAAUUGCCAGGUGAUGAGGUAACUCUUAGAGCCAAUGGGUGCCAAUUUCUCCACAGUCUCACUGAGGCUAGAUAGUAUCUGCUUUUUCAUUAUCACCACCCUAAGUGGGUAUAAAGUGGUUUUGAUAUGCAGUUAAUAUCUUUUUCAUGUGCUUCCUGGUCAUUUAUGUACCUUAAUUUGGAGUCAUGUCUAUGCAGGUCCUUUGCCCACUUUUAAAUUGGCUUAUGUCUUUUUAUUAUUGAAUUGGAAGACCACCUUAUUUAUUGCAGAUACACAUUUCUCUUUCUUUUUAUUUGUAGAGACAUAGUUUCACUUUAUGGCCCUCGGUAGAGUGCCAUGGCAUCACACAGCUCACAGCAACCUCCAACUCCUGGGCUUAGCAAUUUGCCUCCUGAGUAGCUGGGACUACAGGUGCCCUCCGCAACGCCUGGCUAUUUUUUUUGUAGUUUGGUCGGGGCCAGGUUUGAACCCGCCUCCCUCAGUAUACAGGGCCAGCACCCUACCCACUGAGCCACAGAUGCCGCCUUGCAGAUACAUAUUUCUUAUGAAAUAUGUGGUUUGCAACUACAGUAUUUUCUCCCAUUGGAUGGUUAUGGUUGGUUGGUUGGGGGUCGGGGGGUUGUUUGUUUUGCAGACAGGGUCUCCCUCUGUUGUCCAAGCUAGAAUGCCAUAGCUCACAACCUCAAAAUCCUGGCCUCAAGCAAUCCUGCCUCAGCCUCCCUUGUAGCUGGGACUACAGGUACCUGCCACAACACCCAGCUAGUUUGUUUUAGGAGAGCUGGGGUCUUGAUCUUUCUUGAUAGUGUCCUUUGAAGCACAAAAGUCUUUCAAUUGUGAUGAAAUUCAGUUUAUCUUUUUUCCUUUGUUACCUUUUGAGCCUGUUUUCAACCAUAGCUGACCUCAAAGCUGGGGCUCAUCACUCUCCAUGCUGACUCUAUGGAGAGAGAAGCAGUUAGAAUUUCUUGGUUAAGGGGUUUGUAUUUGUGGUGUGUAGGUCUUGAGUGUCUACAGACUCAACAACCCGCCCCCCCAAAAAUAAAAGAAUUUCGCAGUUGUGAGCGCAGACCCUGCAGACCCUGCAGCUGCACUGCCAGCCUUCACAAUCUCAGCUUACUGAGCUGUGACCUUAGCCAGUAUCUACCUCCUAGGCUCAUUCCCAGGCUCAAAUAUGUAAAUUCAUGUAAAGUGCUUACAACAGUACCUAAACUGUAUAAACGGUGUAAUUUAUAUUACACACUAUACAUUUAUACAAUUUGCGAAUGUUCGGUAUUGUGUAAAUGUCUGCUGUAAUUACUGUGGCACUUGUUAUACCGCUUGUAGCACUGUGUUUGUGGUUGCACGAUUCUUUCUUGUAGUGUUACUGCCGUUCAUGCUGUACUCUGAACUUGGAAGGUGAGUAUAGUUCCACCCAUUAGACAGAUGAGGCCACUAAAGGCCUCAGACAGCAUGCCCGGCAUAUGACCCCUCCCAUUCAUGAUACCCCUAACUUUUAUGCCCGUUUCUUUCCCCAGCAGGUUGGGGGUGCCCGCCCCCCACUAGGCCAAGUGGAGGGGGUCCCUCCGCCCAAUGGGCCUGGCCAGGGCCCUACGCCGCCUCAGCGGCGCCCUGGAGUCGGGGGACGGUCGGGCAGGUGAUGAGGAGGAGGCUGGCCCCGGGCUCUGCCGCAACGGGUGGGCUCCUGUGUCAUCACCGUUGGGCCGGCGCCGUGGACGCUUUGUCAAGAAGGACGGGCACUGCAACGUGCGUUUCGUGAACCUGGGCGGCCAGGGCGCGCGCUACCUGAGCGACCUGUUCACCACGUGCGUUGAUGUGCGCUGGCGCUGGAUGUGCCUGCUCUUCUCCUGCUCCUUCCUCGCCUCCUGGCUGCUCUUUGGCCUAGCCUUCUGGCUCAUCGCCUCGUUGCACGGCGACCUGGCCGCCCCACCACCACCUGCGCCCUGCUUCUCCCAGGUAGCCAGCUUCCUGGCCGCCUUUCUCUUCGCACUAGAGACACAGACGUCCAUCGGCUACGGCGUGCGCAGCGUCACGGAGGAGUGCCCAGCCGCCGUGGCCGCCGUGGUGCUGCAGUGCAUUGCAGGCUGUGUGCUUGACGCCUUCGUCGUGGGCGCUGUCAUGGCCAAGAUGGCCAAGCCCAAGAAGCGCAAUGAGACACUUGUCUUCAGCGAGAACGCUGUGGUGGCGCUGCGAGACCACCGCCUCUGUCUCAUGUGGCGCGUCGGCAACCUGCGCCGCAGCCACCUGGUCGAGGCCCACGUGCGGGCCCAACUGCUGCAGCCCCGAGUGACCCCAGAGGGUGAAUACAUCCCACUUGACCACCAGGAUGUUGACGUGGGCUUUGAUGGAGGUACUGAUCGAAUCUUCCUUGUGUCUCCUAUCACCAUCGUGCAUGAGAUUGACUCUUCUAGCCCUCUGUAUGAGCUAGGACGUGCUGAACUGGCCCGGGCUGACUUUGAGCUGGUGGUCAUUCUUGAGGGAAUGGUCGAAGCUACUGCCAUGACCACUCAGUGUCGCUCAUCCUAUCUACCUGGUGAGCUGCUCUGGGGCCAUCGUUUCGAGCCGGUCCUCUUCCAGCGUGGCUCCCAGUAUGAGGUCGACUAUCGUCACUUUCAUCGCACUUACGAGGUGCCAGGGACACCUGUCUGCAGCGCCAAGGAGCUGGACGAACGGGCAGAGCGGGCCUCCAACAGCCCCAAGUCUAGCUUCCCUGGCUCUCUGGCUGCAUUUUGUUAUGAGAAUGAACUUGCUCUGAGCUGCUGCCAGGAGGAAGAUGAGGAAGAGGAGGCCAAGGAGGGGAAUGGGAUGGAGACAGAAGAUGGGGCUGCUAGCCCCCGAGUUCUCACACCAACCUUGGCACUGACCCUGCCCCCAUGAUGCAAAGCUGAUGUCCCCUUCCCUAUUUGUAUCUCCUCCCAGAGGUAGCAAGAUGGAGAGAUGGACCCCUCUCCUGAGAUGAGGGUGAGUGUUUCCCAAGACCAACAAGCCUGCUGGGUUAAUGAGCUGGUGAGGUUCUGCCAUGUCUGGUGGACUCACCACAGACAGACUGGACCUUAAUUCCUCUGUGUGCUUCUUCCUGAGACCCUUUUAUCAGCCCAAUUCCUGGGUCUCACCAGAACUGAGAGAUCCAGAAUUCUGGACCACCCAAGAGGCAAAGACUGGUGAUUCUAGAUUCCUCUACUUGAUUGGGCCUAUAUUAAGCAGGGUCAGAAAUCACCUCCAGGGAAGAAAGCAGUCUUUGAACAGUAUCAAAGAUCAAGAGUUUGUAGAUCUGGAUUCACCUGAGAUUCAAGGGACUAUUGCUUCUUGAUUCAGCCAACGAAGUUGCAAAUCAUUUGUUCUAGACCACCUAAGGAGGGAAGGUAGUGGAAUGCCCCAACUAUUCAAGACCAUCUUGAUUGACCAAAGACAAGGAAUGGUGACUCCAAGUCAAGAAAAGACCUAUGGUUCCAGAAAGCCCAAGAGUUGAGAUUCUGUGAGUCUAGGUUGACCACAGAGGGAAGCACUGGUGAUUCUAGAACAGGUUUGACCUAGAGCAGCAGUUCUCAACCUGUGAGUCAAGGCCCACAGGAACUGUAUUAAAGGGCCACGGCAUUAGGAAGGUUGAGAACCACUGACCUAGAGAGUUGAAUUGUACCAGAAACUAGAGUUAUGUUUCUAGAAUGCACAAAACAAUGGUGAGUCUGUGGGGUUUAGAACAGCUAAAGUGACAGACUGGGAGUUUUUUCUUUUUCUUUUUUUUUCUUUUCUUUUUCUUUUUUUUUUUUUUUUUUGGAGAGACAGAGUCUUACUUAUUGCCCUCAGUAGAGUGCCGUGGUGUCACACAGCUCACAGCAACCUCCAACUCCUGGGCUUAGGUAAUUAUCUUGCCUCAGCCUCCCGAGUAGCUGGGACCACAGGCACCCGCCACAGUGCCCAGCUAUUUUUUGUUGCAGUUAGGCCAGGGCUAGGUUUGAACCCGCCACCCUCAGUAUAUGGGGCCAGCACCCUACUCACUGAGCCACAGGCACCACCCCAGACUGGGAGUUCUUGAUAUUAGAGAGCCCCACCUUCUGGUUAUAGAGCACCCAGCUGAGGGGAAUGAACAGUGCUUCUAAAUAAUCCCCAGGGUGGUUUUUUUUUUUUUUUUUAAGUGCCAUUCUAGAAUGUCCAAUAGGAACAGGAUUCUGUGGCUCUAGCUUAAUCACAGAGUCAAGGAAGGAGUGGCGAUUCUAGAUGUCUGAGAUUUGCUGGUUCCAGUUUGCCCAGUGGAGGUGAGAAUCAUGAUGAUUCUAGAUGACUUCUUGUGGUUCUGUAAUGCCAAAAGGGAUUAAGGUUCCAGAGAUCCAGAGUUGUCCAUUACCAAAGCUUGGAAAUUCUAAUCACCUCCAGUGACUGCUCAGCAUUUGGGAGGUGAAUUGAGAACUUGAUAAACAGCAUUUCUGGGCUGACCUAGAAGGUGAGGCCUCAGGUGAGACCCUGUGGGUCACAGGGCUAAUUAGUGGGCAAGGGAAGGCGGAAGCCCAAGGCUGGUGAGUCUAGAGCACUCUGGAAUCCUACACCUAGUGAUGUGUAUCUAUUUCUUAAAGAUGUUAUACAUAUGUGUAUUAUAUAUAUGUAAUAUGAAUACAGAUAUCUAUUUUUUCUGCUGGUUCCUACAGGAGGGUUAGAAAUGGAGCUCCAGCUAAUUGCAAAGGCACCGUUUUCAAGGGUCAAGGAAGCUUUGCUCUAAAUCCCAACUCUGCCCCAACUUCCUGUGUGACUUGGGGCAAAUCACUGUCCUCUCUUUACUUCAGUUUCCCCAUCUGUAAAAAUGGGGGAAUUUGAAUCUCUCCACGGCCUUCCCAGAAAGAUGAUUCUUCACCCCUCUGAAGGAGGUGGGGAUGGGGGAGUUGCAGGCCCUGGGGAUUUCCCAGCUCCCUGCCGCUGGAUUACACAGCCUUCCAGGGGUGUCUGGAAUGGAAUAUGCUGUUGGAGGCUGGUUCUGAACUUUGGUGUCUGAAUCACAGGGCAAGGACAGCAUGAUCACUUCCUCCCUGGUCUAGCUCUGGGAGCUAGGAAGGAGGAGAUAGCUCUAAACACCAGGGGUUGCCCCACUGUGGGAAACAGGGUGUUUGGGGGGACACCUGUCCCCCAGAUUAAAGAACUGGGA